GACAGAGGUUCGAACACAUAACCAUCAGACAAACUGUGCAUUCUUCGAAGACAACAGUCGUUGUAAACAAACAAUAGAAAAGAUGAAAGUGUUUGUCGUACUCGCCUUCAUUGCGGUAGCCGUGGCUGCGCCCCAGAAUCCUCAAGACGUUCAGAUCCUGCGUUAUGAGAGCAAUAACGCUGGGCUCGAUGCUUACAACUUCGCAUGGGAACUAUCCGACGGAAGCUUGCACGAAGAGCAAGGUCAACUAAAGAACCAGGGAACUGAAAAUGAGGGAAUAGCUGUUCAAGGAAGAUACGCUUGGGUCGGACCUGAUGGAGUCAAUUAUAUCAUCACUUACGUUGCCGACGAAAAUGGAUUCCAGCCAACAAUACAACAAGGUCCCGGGGGAGCGAUCCCUUCUGCUGUAGUCGCUUCGCUUUUGGGAUAAUCUGAUAAAAGAUUUCUCAACACAUUUUGUAAAUAGCAUAACUAUAU